UUUGUUUGUGCAAUUUAUUAAUUUAUUAAAUUGCUUGUAGAGUACCUAUUCAUCAUCGCAUUCAUGAGCUUGAUAUCAAAUAUGUAAAUUGAUCGAUGUAGAGGUUAAUUAGAUGUCAUCUAGAGGGAAAGUGUUUCUCUCUCUCUCUCGCUCUCUUUUUGCUUUUGAUUUAAUGGAUUAUUCAUGGAGGUGUUUGUUAUUUCACAGGAGAACAAUCUCACUUUUUUUAAAAAAAAAUUGUGGGUAAAAAAGUAUGUAACUAAUCUUAACUAAGAAUUGAGUCAUUUAGUGGUUAUUUUGUUAUAAAAUUUUGGUACAUUUAUGGUAAAGCAAGUGAUGUGUUCGAAUUUUGUGACAGAAGGGCUAUCAAAACUCUCAAAUCAAACAAACUGAAAAGUGUCGACACCAAAAUCAAAACUUUCAAAGGUUUGAUAAUUAUUUCAAAAUUAGACCAAACUAUAGGGCAGAGUCCAAAAUCACGACGAUUUUAAGCCUCGGCCUGUUGUAUAGACAUGCCAUACCCUUUACAUUAUGCAUAAAUAAAUCCUAUUCUAUUAGGAGAAACUAGAGAUAUGAUCUAAAGUUUAGCUCUUUUAGAUUGUAUAAGGCAUAUCAUUUGUCAUAGAUUCUAAAGAACUAACCAAGCAGGAACAGCAUCUGAAGAUGUCAGAACUAAAUUAGAUCUUGGCAAUUUUGAUCUUCUAUUUUUUUGGGAGGGACUUACUUCUCUUCAUGUGUGUUCUUUAUCUAUUUAGAUUCUGUUUCUCUUCACUUUAGCAUCUCUUUGUGUACUUAAGUGCUUGCUUUCGAAAUUUCUUUGGUUUCUGUAAAUGAGAUUCACCCGAGAUAAUUAACAUGCUUCGUUUAAACAAGAACAGUUAUCACUGUAAUGAAAAUAAUAGAAAAGCAUUAUGUUUUCAGGAAUGGGGUUGUGGAUGUUGCUCGAGGGACUUCUACUUAUUGCAAAUGCUUUAGCAAUAUUGAAUGAGGACCGAUUCCUUGCUCCUCGAGGAUGGAGCUUCUCUGAAGUUUCAGGUAAUGGCCGAACAAAGACACUGAAAGGCCAGAUCGUUGGACUUAUCUAUGCUACCCAGUAUCUGAGAGUGCCGUUGAUAAUUCUUAAUGCUGUCAUCGUUGUCGUGAAGUUGGUUUCCGGCUGAUUUUAUUAGGCUAUUAAAGAAGUAACUCCAGAAGGGAAAGGAUGAAAUUAUGGCCAAAAGUUCAUGAGGGAUUGCAAUUUGCCGCUCUGCAUUUCUCUGGCAUUUCCGAGCCAAUAUGCUUGGGUAGAUCUGUUGGAUGUUUUCGUUUUGAGAAUCUCGUUUCGCACCUCACCCUGUAUCUCUAAUCAAGACUCUGGUUGUGCUUAGUUACAGCCAUCUUUUGGUUUCUGAUCUUUGUUUGGUAGUUUCAAUUUGAUGUAAUGUUGUGUUCAUCUCUGAUCGAGAAAACCACUUUAAGUGGAAUCUAUUAAAUACGAACUUUAUCUGAGAAACAGUUCAGUUGAUCAUUACAUAUCAGUAAGAAUUUGUGACAGAAUAUUAGUACUA